CAAUAUGUCACAAAUCAAAAAGAAAUGGAGAGUUGUUAAUUCAAGUCAUCUAUAUACUAAAAACUCAGCUAAGAGGGGACCAUCACAACUUGAGAGCAAACGAAAAAAUCAGGGUUAUCUCCAAUAUACGAAUAGACUCGAUCAAAGUAAUAAGGCGCAAAAUUAGACACUCCUUAUCUAUUAGUUCCAGUAGGUUGAAUAAAAAAGCGACCUAUUUCAAACAAUCAAUCAAUGAUUCCUCGUUUUAAGAUAAAAAUAGGUUGUGACAAUUGUAAAAACCAUAAACCUAAAGAUCCAAUAGCCACCACUCUCCGUUGUACAACCAAAUUUCUAUCUCAAGAGGCAUAUAUUCAACCAAAAAUUCAAUUUCUAAUCCUCCUUCUACAACUCCAGUUAUUGAUGAACUCCAUUCUAUUCACCAAGGAUUGAUAUCGCAGUUCAAAACUUCUACUCGCCUAGCUUAAAAUCCCCAACAAUAAAACUGUGGUGCCAAGAGAUACCUGAAGAUUGAUUUUCAAUGACAGUCUUGUACUGGGAAGUGAAAGGCGCAAAAUAUUGCACGAAGGAUAAAAUUUCGGAGGAAGUUAGAAAGAGAAAAGUACAAAGAUAAAAAAUCACAAAAUUUAAAUUUAAAUUGAAAAAUGCAAGGAUACAACACGUAGUUACAUAAUUAGUUUCUUCCAUGUUAGCCAAUUACCCAUUUACCUUUAGCAAAAAUUAAGGAGAGAGCGGGAAUUUAAAAUUGAGAAAAUUACAUGAAACUCUACUAUAAAAAUAGAAGUAUCAAGCUCGAUAAAAAUGCAUACGGUAGACUUAGUGAGCUUGCUAAUUAUGAUGAAAAAGUCCUCUGAUUUUCAGAGAUUAACUUUGUCUAUGUUUUGUAUCAAAAAGGAUACAAUAAAUUUGUUUAGUGUAACUGGUUGUAAUUGUUAUCUUUGUUUGAAGAGACCCGGGUUCAAAUCUUGAUAUUGCUGUUUUUAUAUGAAAUAAAUAAUAAAUGUGUAAAGACAAAAAUGACCUUCCUACUUUCACUCUCAUUGCAGGAAAUUUGAAAUGGAGAAAAAUACACAAAACUCUACCAUAUAUUAAUGGAGGAUGGGGAUUCAAAAUGAGAUAUUUAGGGGUCGUUUGCUUGUUGGAUUUGGGUCAUGGAUUUGGUACCCAAAUCCCAAGUUUGAUGGAUUUAACAUAAGUCCAUUGUUUGUUGAAGGGUGCUAAAUCCGUGGGGUCCACGAAUUUAGUCUUUAUUUUGGAACCAAAUUCGUGGACCCACGGACUUGUAAAUCCCAUAUAUUGAUUUGGGAUUUGCAAAUCCUUGAUGGUUAGUUAUUUAGGGGUUGUUUGCUUCAUGGAUUUAAAAAUGAGGGUUUUGUAAUUUAAAAACCCAAGGAUUUAUCAAGUAUUUGAGGCAUCAUGGAUUUGUAACAAUCCUUUGUUUGUUGGGAUGUUUUUAUCAUGGAUUUAAAGGUGUGGGAUUUACUACUUGAAUUCAAAAAUUACAUUACUACCCUUUUCUAUACGUUUGACAUGUUUAUGAUAUGUACACAAAACAAGGACAAAACUUCAAAAUUACCUUACUAUCAUUUUCUAUAUGUUUGACAUGUUUAUGAUAUGUACACAAAACAAGGACAAUACAUACUAAUAAGCAUAAUGUUGCCACAUGGACAAUAAUAAUAAACGAGAAAAUUCUGUUUUAACUUUUAACGUAACAUAAUCAAUUACCAAUUCUUUGUCCUCCUUUUCAAAACUGACAUAUAACAACAUAUAUUAGAAUCGGGAGAACAAAGAAUUACACGUUCCAUGAAAAGGUCAAAGAAAACUAGAACACAAGAAAUGAUAUAAAAAAUCUAACUCAUGUUUGCACAUUAAUUGAACGUUUAUAUUAUUCAUUUAUUGUUAAUUAUAAUGUAUAAUAGUUAAAUUUGAGGGCAACCUUGGAAUAUUAAAAGUGCAUGAGGGUAUAUGGGUAAAAUCUCAUCAAGGAUUUAUGCCAUAUUCCAAAUCCCACAUCAACAUGUGGGAUUUAUAAGUCCGUGGGGUCCACGGAUUUGGACCAUUAAAAUCUGUGGGUCCCACGGAUUUGGUCUCCAAAAAAGGUGCAAACAAACAACGGAUUGUACCUAAAUCCUUGAUAGUUAGUUUUUUUGUACCAAAUCCAUGUACCAAAUCCUUGAAGCAAACGACCCCUUAUUUCACAAAUCCAUCAUCAAAUCUAUCAUGCAAACAUUAGACUCUUCAACCCGUAGGAAGGGAUUGGAUUUUUAAUUUUGACUAAGAGCUAGAUGAGAUGGAUGUAGGGACUAUGUUUCUCAACGAAAACAUUUGUGAGAUGAUUUACAUGGUUCAACCAUAAAUUUUUGCUUUAGACAAUCUAAAGUUUAUGGUUUGCAAAUCAAUGAAUCCAUUUUUGUCUCACAUUGGCUUAUCGUUAAUGAUAUCACAAAUAUCAUCAAGUUAUUCGCUCAUUCGGUUUAGAGAGUACUAUUGAUGAUUGUUUAUUCUUAAGUUUAACGGGAGUAUAUUCACCUGUUUUCUUACAUCAUUGAUGUUCUACUUUGUAGUCGCGAUAUAUGCUUAGUGUACGAGAUAUAGAUAAACUUUUGCAAUGAAAUAUGAGAUAAAAUUUUAUGGUCUCGCGCCUCUUUUGAUUUGGUAGAUAAGUUAGUAAAUUAGGUGAUGUGUUGUAGGGGUCGUUUGGAUUGAGUAUUUGGGGGUGUUAUUUGAGGUCAAAUAACACAAAAUCUGUUAUUUAACCCCAAAUAACAUGUUUGGCUGACAAAAAGUGGGAUGUGUUAUUUGGAUGUAGUGUUUUGCCAAAUAACAGGUUUGAGACCAAAUAACACAAAGGGGUCGUUUGGAUUGAGUAUUUGGGGGUGUUAUUUGAGGUCAAAUAACACAAAAUCUGUUAUUUAACCCCAAAUAACAUGUUUGGCUGACAAAAAGUGGGAUGUGUUAUUUGGAUGUAGUGUUUUGCCAAAUAACAGGUUUGAGACCAAAUAACACAAAAAGUGUUGUUUGCCAAAUACUUGGGAGGGGGCAGGUAUUUCCCAAAUAACAAGUUUGAGACCAAAUAUCACAUACCAAAUAACAAGUUUUAUAUUAUGUGGUAUUUGUGUGGUAAUUGGCCCCAAACAACAAGUUUAUCAAAUACUCAAUCCAAACGACCCCGUAAGAUUUGUUGCUAAAGAAGACAUUUUGGUCUCAAUGAGUGCCCCGAUAAUGGUAUACAAACAAUAUAUGUUGUUUUAUUAAACAUACCUCUGUAAUUUGUAAAAAUUAUCAAACAUGCCGUUCUGUUAAAAUUUUCAUAAAAAAACAAUUAACCACAAACGAACUUUUAUUUGGGCGACGCAAAUGUCUAAAAUAUCCCUAAUAAUCCAGUAUAAAAACCCUAAAAUGGAAAGGGAAAUGCAAACAUAAAGCCGUAUAAUUGCACUUGUAUUAGCUUCCGUCUUAGUAGUAGUAACCACACCACCCUCUCAAUUCUUACGGCCACUAAUCCCAUCGCCAUCAAGAUCAAGUGCUGUCGCCGUACAAUAAAAAAAAAAAAAAAUGAAGGAGCAAACUACGCGCGCCAUGUGGUGGAGAUCGCCGUCUUUCAUCCUCGACAAUCGGCAGCAGGCACAGCCAUACGGCACCGCUCGAGGCGGCGCCCUCUCCAUUCCGCCACCUCCGUCCACUGCCAUGGCGGAUCCUAACCCUAACCCCAAUCCCCUCACCGACAAAAUCUCCGCCUACUACCAGACCCGCGCCGCCCACCACGGCGUCGUCUCCAGCGACUGGCUCGCCCAGGCUCAGGCCGCCGUCGGCCACAUCCCCGACGAUGCCGCUAAUAGCGACCAGGGAGCUCCUUCUGGCAAGCUCUUCAGCGUCAUCGACGAGUUCAACAACUGGCGCAAGCAGCCCGACUUGGCCGAGGCCGUCGCUGCUAUCAGGGCUCUAGCCGCCGUCAUUCGGAAUAGCCAGGCUACGACCAUGAUGGAGCUCGAGAUUGAGCUCAAGAAAGCCUCCGACUCCCUCAAGUCAUGGGACACGACAUCAAUCUCUUUAACUGCAGGAUGUGAUCUGUUCAUGCGAUAUGUAACCAGAACUUCAGCCUUGGAAUACGAGGACUUCAAUUCGGCUAAAACCCGCUUGAUUGAACGUGCUGAGAAGUUUGGAGAGAUAUCCUACAAGGCACGUAAAAUCAUUGCGAUGCUUAGCCAAGAUUUCAUCUUUGAUGGUUGUACAAUCUUGGUACAUGGCUUCUCCAGAGUUGUGUUGGAAGUUCUGAAGAUGGCAGCUCAAAAUAAAAAACUUUUUCGAGUUUUCUGCACAGAGGGAAGACCGGACAGAACAGGUUUAAGGUUAUCUAAUGAGCUAGCCAAGCUUGAUGUCCCAGUGAAGCUCCUUAUAGACUCUGCUGUAGCGUACUCCAUGGACGAGGUGGACAUGGUGUUUGUGGGAGCAGAUGGGGUGGUGGAAAGUGGAGGUAUAAUCAACAUGAUGGGGACGUAUCAGAUUGCCCUCGUGGCACACAGCAUGAACAAACCUGUUUACGUGGCAGCUGAAAGCUACAAGUUUGCUCGUCUGUAUCCCCUAGACCAGAAGGACAUGGGUCCUGCAUUACGCCCCAUAGAGUUUGGAGUUCCGAUCCCAUUGAAGGUAGAGGUUGAAACAUCUGCUCGGGAUUAUACGCCACCUCAGUAUCUUACUCUGUUGUUCACCGACCUCGGUGUGCUGACGCCAUCUGUAGUCAGUGAUGAACUGAUUCAGCUGUACUUGUAAGUGGUUGAUGAUUUUGGUACUGUUCUGCUUGUAAGUGGCUGAUGAAAUGUGUUAAAAAGAAGUGCUGCAGUGCUGCUUACUCUGGAUUCUUACUGAUAAAAAGCUAUGAAUAGCGGGAGGUGACUGAAGUUGGAACUUGGAGGGAGGUAGUUCUUUCGCCUUCUGAAUAUUUUGACGGUCUGCAUAGGAAGGAAAUUUUGUGAUUCAUGGAAUGGCUGGAUGUGAAUUGUGAUUGGAGGAAGCGUGGGAAUGAGAUGAAGGACAAUAAUGUUAGUCUUACUUUUAUAUGGUCUUCCAAUGCUUCCUAGGUUUGCUGAGAUUGAGCUUGGUUCAAUUCAAAACGUAAUUGUUUGAGAAGAAAGGAUGAAGUUCAUUUUGUAAAUUGCAAUGAACUCGUUUCAAAUGAUGUAUUUACUAAUCAGGGUGAUGUUCUGCUCAACUUUUAAUUAUAAUAAGGGAACCUAAUCACUUGUGCUAAAUUAAAUGACUUCUUGAAUCUCGUCCGGCGUGUUAUUCACUUAUUUCCGAAGUGGGGUAUCAAAUGGAAAGGGACAGAUUGAAAAAUAUUGUUAAAAACGUGUUACUAAUUACUAUUAAUGAUGUGAUGUCUUACAAAGUAAGAAAAUGCAAGCACAUUAAUAAUAUUCAAGUUUGUGCAGUGAUUCUGUGAUGGAAAGAGAGGUACAUUUUGCUUUUGGCUUAACGAUCGAGUUGUCGUAGUAAUAAAAUGCAUAAAUAAAAACUAAAAACAUUUGCUUUGGAAAUAAUUAGGCUUGCAAAUGAGUACAACCUAUGUUAAGUUUAUCUCGGUAAUAAUGGAGUUGAGUUUACUGAAAUUAUUUCAGUUCGACUCUAAGAAACCCACGAAUUAUCAACAAACAAACUCAAAAGUGAUAAAUUAAUUUCAUUAUAAAUUGCUAAUCGAGCUGGGUUUCUAGAUAAACUUUUAAAUAAACCCAUGAGUUUAACUCAACAAACCACCAAACUAUACUGGCUCAUGAACCUCUUGUAUUGAAUAAGAACUCACUCAAACUCAACUUGUUAUUAAGCAAGCCGAUCGAUCGAGUAUCAAAUGAAUGCUGCUCAUUUAACAUGCCUAAGGGCUAAGAGCAAUGGCGGAGGGAGGUGGUGAGGAGUGGGGUCCUAGGACCCCACUCGGCAAAUAAUUUGGCAACAUAAUUUUUUAAAUACGUUUGGGACUCCGUACUCUUGUUGAUGUUAGCUCACCUAAGUAUUCCAAUCAACUAAAAAGUUCAUUAAAUACACAUGGUUUAGUAUUAGUAAAUUUUUAAGCACCCCAAUAAACUCAAAAUUCGGCUAAGCCACUUGCUAAGAGUGUGUCACAUACAAGUCAGAUGAUGAUCAGAUUCUGCUGCUGCAACCGUGCUAUUUCUGCAGAGCAUCAAGUUCGCUCCUAAGAAAGGCGUCUGCAGCAAUAUAAAUUUUAGAUAAAAAUAUGUAAAGUAUAAAAUACAUAGGUACCAAAUUGUAAUUUGUCAAUUGAAUUCAUGGAUCAAUCCAAUUGAAUUUGGAUCAAAUGGAUUGAAUUAGAUGAAUAGUUUGGUAAAUGGAUUGAAUUAAUAGAUUUGGAUACCUAAUUGCCACAUCGAGUUCCAAUGAUCUAACGCAUAAACAUUUACACCGCAAAAUGUAUUCCUUAUUACAAGAAAGCAAGUCUACAAGCAAGACACCAUGAGAUGGAUAGGCAGCGGAAAGCUGCAAAGACACAAUGAGAUGGAUUAGCAUCCACCACGCCGCCGACCUAUUCAUUAAGAUCGUUGUUAUUAGUUAUUACCCUCAUGAUGAAGAAUAGAAGAUGACGACGUACGGUUAGUGUGGUUGUUAAGAAUGAAGUCUGUAAUAAUUAAUACGCCCCCGCUUAAGUUUGUUGCUUGAAAUUAAUUUUAUUCAUUCAAAGUGCAUUAUUGUUGUACUCUUUCACUAAUGUUAUAAGAGUAUAAAUGUGAAUGUUAACAUGUUGAUUGGAGUUACGAAGAGAAAUUAUUAUCCAUGAAGAAUCGUGAACACCUGAAAUCAAACGAGUAUGGACAUGAUUUUGAUUUUCUACACGAUUCUUAUGUCUUAGAGUAUAAAUAUAGAUAAUAUCCAAAUUACUUUGAGUAGCACUAUCCGCCCUAACCUAAACUGUUGGCAACUUGACAUCCCUAACUUUAAACAAGGGUGACUAUUUGGUCCAGGAUUUUUGAUUUUACUCAAAACCGGACCGUAUAAAUCGGACCGAGAUCGAAUCGGGACCGGACUCAUGUCAUUCAAAUCCCCACAAGGUCAAUCUAAAAUCAAAACUGAAUUGGGAGCAGACCGAGUCAAGACCAAACUCAAUCCAAUCAAAUCCAAUCAAAUAUUUAGUCAUUAUAUUCUCGAAAAUACCAGACCAAAACUAAAUCAAUUUGAACUAAUUUAACCGGAUCGGACCGUAUAGUAGGGAUGGCAAUGGGUCGGGUUAGUGCGGGUUUUGUCAAACCCAAACCCAAACCCAUGAGUUUAUCAGCCAAAAAAACUCGGGGUAAAACCCGUUGGGUUUGAAAAACUCAAACCCAACCCGCUGGGUAUCCGCGGUUUCAUGGGUACCCGUGGGUUUUUGUGAUAAAAUAUUUACAAUAACAAGUAUCUUGCAAAAUAAAAGUUUAGCAUCAAUUUUCUCAUACAAAUUAAUCAUACAAAAAACAUCAAUCUAGAGCAUACAAGCAAACCGCAAAUGAUCAAUACAAAUUGUUUAAAAUUAAAGAUAAACAUCUAUAAACAAUCAUAUUAAUUGAAAGGUUCUUCCUCGUCAACUAAUUUCUUCACUCUUCACUUCUAAUAUCAACUUCAUUCUAAAUAAUUAGAAAGAACAAAUUAUACAUGUCUCCAAAGACAUAAAGAAUAUUAGUUGUUUAAGGAAGAUAUAUUAUUUAUAAUAUUAAAUAAACGGGAAAAUAAUUAUAUGUGUGUGGGCGGGUACCCAUGAGGCGGGUUUACCUAAACCCAAAUCCAACCCGACCCAAUGAAUAGUGUAGCAGGUUUAAACCCGAACCCGACCCAAAACCCAUCAACACGGAUUUUACCCGCAUUAACCAGGUUGGGUCAGAUGGAUACCCGUGGGUUCGGGUAUUGUUGCCAUCCCUACCGUAUAGUCACCACUAACUUUAAACCUCAGUUGCAUUUAACAAUGAAACUUCAUCAUAACAAGCAACGAAUAAAAAAAAAAGUCUUUACCAAAAUAAAAAAGAAAAAAAAAAGUGUGAAGGAGGAGGGCCAGGAUGGUCACUUGACUCACUUCCCCUCACUUUUGUCGUUCUUCUUCAUCGCAUAACCCAAUCCAGCAACUUGCCUCCCUUCCAUUAACGUGUUACUUACUCACCACCAACCGCGGCGGCAGCAGCAGCGUCUCAAACAAAUAAACCAAACCCACUCUUCCUUCCAUCAACAACAAACAAAGCCAAAACAAAUUAAUCACACCUCUCUCUCUUUCUCUCUCUCUCUCUCUCUCUGAAAGAACCCAACAACAGAUUCCAGUUCCAGUAUUCAUUCAAUCCCUCAUCCCACCUGAAAAACCUAGCAACAAAACCACCUCCAUUUCUCGCCGGCAACAAAACCCACCAUGUGUGGCGGUGCUAUCAUCUCCGACUUCAUACCUCCCACCGUUGGCGGUGGCCGCUCCUUCUCCAGGAA